AGAAAUUUAUCAUUUCUUUUGUUUUUAAAUAUUUUGUUAGUUUUUUAUUAAAUAUUACUAAGCUAUGGCUUUUUCCGAGUCAUUCGGCUUGGGAAACAGCACCUUUAUGAAUUUAGAAAGUGAAGUGAAUAAAGCCCUCAAAGUUGAAUGCCACAAUCCCAGAAAUAAACAAGAAGCGCCAAAACCCAGUUCAAUGGACAUUAUUGACGAAUCUCCAACCAAUUCCAAAGCCAAACCUAAUAAAUCACGUUCACGGCAUCAAGUUAGUACCUUUGGUGCACAAAGAAGGAAAAAGUUCCAUAAAAGUAGAUCAGAUUCAACGCUGGAUCAUAAACCAUCAAAAAACGACCGAUUAGCAAGGACGACUAAAAAUUGUUCUAAGGACGAUAACUACUCCGAUUUCUUCACAAGCGAAUUUAGUAUAGAACAAAGCCGACUCAAGGGUCCCGAAUUUGUGAGUGUUACUCAGAUAGAAGCCGCUGUCGAUAAAAAUCUUUCCAAAGAAAAAGAAUUUCGCCUUGAUGAAGCUGAAGCGAAGGGUUUUGGCUUCGAAGAGAGCAAAAUGUUUUCAGAAAUACUUGCAAAUAUCAAGACACAACCGAAUGAAGGUACACAGGAUGGAAAUUUUACCGAGCUUCUUGAUUGCCCAGUGUUCUCAGAAGACAUUCAAGAAUUGUUGAGUGAUAAUAGUAAUCAUCAGCAGGACGAUGAGAGUUUGAAGAUGUCCUAUUUGUCUGAUGAUGAUUGGAAAGAGUCACUUCAAUUCUCAGAAUUUAAGGAUGAUUCUCCUGCUUUGCCACAGGAAAUCAUCCCAAAUGAUGAGCCUGAAGAAAUCAUUAAUAUUGACGAUGCCACAUUCAUUUGUCCCGACGAUGAAGGCAAAGACUUAGCCGAAAAAACUAUACAAGACAUUAAAAAAGACGUUCAACUUGAACUUGAAAAUGAGAUAAAUCUAAGCAUAAGAGGAGGAAAUAAAAUGAACCUUUCAGUUGGUGAAAAGAGUUAUAUUAAAAUAAAUACACAACAUUUGGAAGCUGAUAGAAGUCAGUUGCAUCGAAUAUCCAAAGCUGUGGGACAAAAUGAUUUGUCAUCGAAACCAAACGAUCAAUACGAAAUGAAAAGUGACCUUGAAGACUUGAAGAGAAUCUCAGCUUGGAAUUUGCCAAAAUCAGUUCUUAAAGAAUACGAAAAGAAACGCAUUAGUAAAAUGUUUGAUUGGCAAAUCGAAUGUCUAAGUAAUCCAAAGGUCUUAUUCGAACACUGUAAUUUAGUUUACAGUGCGCCAACAUCGGCUGGCAAAACACUUGUCAGCGAAAUCCUCCUAAUCAAAACAAUCUUAGAGCGCGGCAAGAAAGUUAUCAUGAUCCUGCCAUUUAUAUCGGUUGUACGUGAAAAAAUGUUCUACCUCCAAGACCUACUCAUUCCGUCUGGCUAUCGGGUCGAAGGAUUCUUCGGAGGCUACACACCACCAGGAGGUUUUGAGAGCAUCAAUGUCGCGAUAUGUACAAUUGAAAAGGCCAAUUCAAUUGUCAACAAACUACUCGAGCAAGGCAAGCUCGAUGAAAUUGGAACCGUAGUUGUUGAUGAAAUUCACUUAAUAUCUGAUCCCGGUCGGGGAUAUAUUCUAGAACUGCUUCUAGCUAAAGUUCUUUAUAUGUCUAGGAAGUUCGACUUACGUAUUCAGAUUAUAACAAUGUCCGCAACAUUGGCCAAUGUGGAAUUACUUAAGAAAUGGCUUGAUGCUGAAUUGUACAUUACCAACUAUAGGCCGGUUGCUUUGCAAGAAAUGAUUAAGAUUGGAACAAAAAUCUACGACAAUAACUUGCAAUUCGUGAGAGAAUUAAAUACAACUGAAUACAAGGCACUCAAUAAUCAAGAUCAAGAUCAUGUUGCCCAGCUGUGCAUUGAAACUCUUUCCGAAGGAUGUUCGGUGAUUGUCUUUUGUCCAUCGAAAGAUUGGUGUGAAAAUCUUAGUGUUCAAUUGGCAGCUGCAAUUCACACAAUCGGCAGAAGUGGUUCCGAAAUAGGUAACAAGCUUAGAUCAAACAUAAAGCGUGAUGCAAUCGAAGAAGUUAAAAAACAACUAAAAGAUAUACCAACAGGUCUGGACUCAGUGUUGGAGAAAACAAUUAAUUUUGCUUGUGCCUAUCACCAUGCUGGCCUAACAACUGAAGAACGUGACAUAAUCGAAGCCUGCUUUAAGAGUGGAGCUUUGAAAAUUAUUGUUGCAACUAGUACACUUAGUUCAGGUGUUAAUUUACCUGCUAGACGCGUUAUCAUAAGAUCACCAAUGUUUGGAGGCAAACAAAUGAGUUCUUUGACCUACAAGCAAAUGAUUGGACGAGCUGGACGAACAGGAAAGGAUACCUUAGGUGAGUCAAUUCUAAUAUGCACCGACAGCAAUUCACGAAUUGGAAAAGAUCUAGUGUGUGCCUCCUUAAACCCCAUCUCAUCAUGUUUGGAAAUGGAAAGCAGUACCCAUUUAAAACGAGCCCUACUUGAGGUUAUUUCAUCGGGAGUAGCUACACAAAAGUCAGAUAUUGAAAAUUUUGUUUCUUGCACUCUCCUCAACACUCAAAAGGAAAUCACCGAAAAGAAUGCUGAAAAUGAAGAUACCAACGAUAAGAAUCGAAGUUUUAUAUUCGAUUCCAUUGAUUUUCUAAUUGAAUUCGAAUUCAUUCGAUUGCAGCAUGAUGAGGAGAAAAACGUUGACAAUUAUGUAGCAACUCGAUUAGGAAUGGCUUGUUUAGCUUCUUCAAUGCCACCAACCGAUGGUUUGAUUUUAUUCUCAGAGUUGCAGAAAUCUCGGAGAUGUUUUGUUUUGGAAUCUGAAUUGCAUGCUGUUUAUCUUGUCACACCAUAUUCGGUUUGCUAUCAAUUGCAGGACUUGGACUGGCUGAUGUAUUUGGAUUUGUGGGAGAAAUUGUCUCCGGCAAUGAAGAAGGUGGGCGAACUAGUUGGUGUCAAGGAAUCGUUUCUUGUUCGAGCAAUGCGUGGCCACACAAAGCUGGACUAUAAACUUAUGCAGGUUCAUAAGAGGUUCUACACAGCGUUGGCACUACAGGAACUGGUUAAUGAAACUCCGGUUAAUACUGUCGCAGUCAAGUACAAAUGUAAUCGGGGCAUGCUUCAGAGUCUUCAGCAGAUGGCCUCAACUUUUGCUGGAAUUGUGACAGCAUUCUGCAAUUCUCUCAAUUGGACAAUGCUCGCAUUGAUUGUUGGCCAAUUCAAGGAGCGUCUUUUCUUUGGUGUUCAUCGUGAUUUAAUUGAUUUAAUGCGUUUACCCGAUUUGAAUUAUAAAAGGGCUCGAGUUCUCUUCGAUUCGGGUAUUCAGAGUCUCAUUGAUUUGGCAAAUGCCGAUGUCUUCACCGUGGAGAAGGUUUUACACAAUAGCUUGAGUUUUGAUACAGCUAAGAAGUUAGAAAACGAAAAUGAGUAUGAAAAUAAUCAAAGAAAUAAUAUCAGAAAUCUGUAUAUCACGGGAAAAGCUGGACUUACCGUUAAAGAUGCAGCUAAAAUGCUUGUCGAUGAGGCACGUCAAUUCGUGCAGUAUGAAAUUGGAGGUGGAAACAUUAAUUGGAGUCAAGAAAAAAGAAAAGACGAAACAAAACAAAAUGAAAGUGCAACUUUAGAGACAUCACGUGAAGGUGUUAAAAGGAAAUCCUCUGAAAUUUCAGUUGAUUUGUCGCCACCUAAAAUAAAGAAAGUCGAUGAAAUUGUUCAAAACAAUAUCCCCAAGCAUGAGAAAAAAGAUGUGCAAACAAAGCAACAUGAAAAGCAAACGGCAACAAGUGAUCGUAGCCAGGGACCCAAACAAAGACCUCAAGGUUCAUCCGCUAGAAACUCAGCAAAAGUUUCAGAUUCUACUACUGGUAAAAAUGGAAUCAUAAAAGAGAAAUCAUCCGAACUUCUUAAAAAACAAAAUGGCAAAAUAAGUCCGAUUUUCAAUGAAAGAAAACAUCCAUCCAAUGCAAACCAACCGCAACCGCAUUUUAAAAAAGAACAAACCAAAGAAAAUAAGUCUCCUUUAAAAGAACAAAAUCUCGAUCUUAAACAGAAAAAUGUUGAAAAAACUGUUGACACCAAAAUUGUUACAAAUGGAAACAAAACACCUAUGAAAAAUGCCUUUGCUGAUUCUAAAAACAUUAAAUUAUUUGGAACCGACUCAAUUCCUUCUUGUUCAAAUGUAAAUAAAAAUAAGCCAACAAUAAGCCAAAUAAACGACAAGCAAAACGCAUUUCAUCAGCCAAAAGCAAUAAACUCAAAAGUAAUGCCAAAGAUUGAAGAUCCUAAUUUGAAAAACAGUAAGAGCCGAGAAAAAGAUCAAGUACAAGCAUCGCCAGCAAUAAACGGGAAUAAAGUAUGUGAAAGAAAACAAAGUAAAAUACGUCAUGUCUUACCCUCACUUCGUAGAAGUCCGCGAAACCAUUUGCCAAGUUCGACAAGAAUCGAAAAGUCACCUCGAGAACACCAAUCGACUACUUCACACGAAGAUGAUCUUUUCAUGGAUGAUACUUCUUUUGAAAUGAAUUCUGCCAUCGCAAACGCCAUGGAACAUAAACAUGAUAAACCAUCAAGGAGAUCACAUAACAAAAGUUCCGAUGAGAUAGCUGCCUCUCAGGAGAUUACUUUUCAACCCAAAACGCAAAGCACUCGUCUUUUGAGGUCUUAUAGAGAACGUCAAGAGUCUCCGACUAAAAAAACGCCUUCAAGGCUAAAGUCAGAUGAAGAUAACAAGAAAAAUGCAGAUCGUCAGCAACCACAACAAAAACAGGAACAACAACAAGUGUCACCACCUAAACCACAAACAAAUAAAUCAAAUACCUUGGAAGUCUCUGAUUUGUCUUUGGGAAAUUCUCUUAUGCAAAAUCCAAUUCAAUUGAAUUCAUCACAUAUUUUGAGUUCAUCCAAAGCCGAACCAGAUGCUUUGUCUUUGGAUUGUAUACAAAUUCUGGACAUUUGUGGAAGUCAGAUACUUUUUAAAAAUGUCAUAAAAGAGCUAAGCGAAGUUAGGACACUUGGAUUUUCCAUUGGUUUGGAAAAACAGGAAGCCAAACAAAAACCACUGAUUGGAUCGAAUUUGUUGAUAAAUCAAAUUGAUGCCAAAGAAAAUAAAAUCCAGCAAACAGAAAGGGAUUUUACAGUUGAUGAUGCUUCGUAUGUGUCUGGGAUUUCGUUGGUCAUGAGUGAGAAUGUUGUGUUUUUCUUGAAUUUACAAAAUGACAACAAUUGCCAAGGCGUUACGAGAGAAAUGAAAAUUGAAGUUCUGCGGGGACUGAUUGGAAAUACUGAAUUAACAUUACAAAUAUUUGACGCUAAAGAACAACUUAAAGUGUUGAGAAAAAUUAUUCCGGAUAUGGAACAGAUCCAAUGUAAAAUCGAAGAUCCAAAAGUGGCAAACUGGCUGUUGCAACCAGAUCAUAUGAUGAGCAUGAUAAAUUUGGCCCAACAAUUUGCGCCAGAAUGUAAAGCACUCGUUAAACUAAGCGGAAGUAGCCGUGGAUACAACAGCAUUGGUUUAGAUUUAAGUAGCGCUAUAUUUGGUAAAGUCCGUUCCGCAAUAGAAGCAUGUGUAACAAUUCAUAUAUUAAAGGGACAAGUGGAGAAUUUACAAAGAAUCGGAACCGGUCAACUGCAUAAGUUCUUUAUUGAUCUUGAAAUGCCACUGCAAAUUUCUCUGUGUGAAAUGGAAAUCUAUGGAUUCCCUGCAAAUGAGUCUCAAUUACGAAAGCUUUUCCAACUUAUGGUGGAUACAAUGAAAAAACUCGAAACAAAAAUCUACGAAACACACGGAUCUAAAUUUAAUUUAGGAUCAGCUUCUGCUGUUGCAAAGGUUGUGGGAUUGCAUCGAAAGACUAAUGGUCGUAUUUCCACAUCAAAACAAAUUUUAGAAAAGAUCGAUUCACCAAUUGCACAAAUGAUUGUAGUUUACAGAAAACUAAGCGUCACUUUAACUAAAACAAUUCAACCCUUACUUCGAUGUAUAGUUGAUAAUAGAAUAAGAAGCAAUAGUAUAACGUUUACAAGCACCGGAAGAAUUUCUAUGCAAGAACCGAAUUUGCAAAAUGUUGCUAAAGACUUCGAAGUGAAUAUCAGUUCAUCUGAAAAGAUAAAAAUAUCAUGUCGCGGAUCGUUUUGCCCUCCAAACGGACGUUGCUUAGUGUCUGCUGACUUUUGUCAAUUGGAGAUGAGAAUUUUGGCUCAUUUGUCACAGGACCCACCUCUCCUACAAGUAAUGCAUUCAGAAAAGGAUGUCUUCACAGCUAUUGCAGCCAAAUGGAAUAAAGUACCUGAAAUGAAUGUCUCUGAAGAGCUUAGAAAUGGAACUAAACAGAUUUGCUAUGGAAUUGUUUAUGGUAUGGGAAUGAGAGCUCUAGCCGAAUCAUUAAAAUGCAAUGAACAAGAAGCAAAAACUGUUUCAGAACAAUUCCAUGCUGCAUAUCCUGGAAUUCGUCAAUAUACAGAAAAAGUUACGAAAUAUGCUCGGCAACAUGGUUAUGUGGAAACGAUAACAGGACGAAGAAGAUAUUUAGACAACAUCAACAGCGCUGAGUCGCAGUUAAAAAGUCAAGCUGAAAGACAGGCUGUCAAUUCAACAAUUCAAGGCUCAGCCGCCGAUAUAGCAAAAAGUGCAAUUCUCCGAAUGAAAAAGAACAUUGCAAAAUAUCGCGAAAAAAUUGGCUUAACGAGUCGUUGUGUUAAUUUGGUAUUGCAUUUGCAUGACGAGUUGAUAUUUGAGGUUCCCGAGGAUAAAGCUAAAAAAGUUGCCAAAGUUUUGAGCAUAACAAUGGAGAAUUGUGUUCGCUUGAGUGUACCAUUGAAGGUUAAGCUCAAAAUUGGUAAAUCAUGGGGUGAUUUGCGAGAAGUAAAAUUAUAGAUAGGUUUAUUUAAUUUUAUAAAUUAUU